AUGACUCAAAUAAAGCCCCUGAUGCUAGAUCCAAUUAAACAAAUAAAAUUCGUUGAAAAGCCAAGGUAUUAUUACGACACAUCACAUAUUGAUAUUCCUUGUUUUAAAUAUAUCGAUAAAAGAUGUGUUGAUUUACACAAAAAUUAUAUUUAUAAAAAUCGUUACUUGAAAAAAACAAUUUUUGUUGAAAAAAUUAAAUACAUACCAAAAUUUGUAACAAAAGAAAAAAUUAUAGAUGUUCCUCAGAUUGUAUAUAAAAAUAAAUAUGUAGAUAAGCCAAUUUAUAUUAUGAAAAAUAAGAUAAUUUCUAAACCAGUAAAUAUGGUAGUAGAAAAAGUUAUACCCAUUUUAAAGGAAAAAACAAAAAAUAAAACAAAAUGCUUAGACGAAAUAGAAAUAAAUAAAUUUUUGGAAAAAAAAUAUGUUAAAAGUACUAUAAGUAUUAAAAAUUAUGAUAAUAAUGUUAUUCGUGCAUGUAGUAUUUUAGAAACGCUCAUAAAAAAAACUAACAACAAAAAUUACAAAAUUUUUUUUAUAUAUUUAAAGAGUUAUUUGAGAUUCCGCAAAAAUGUAUUAGGUAAUAAUAUCAAUUAUUAUAACUUAAAUAGUGCCUCGUUUUUGAAAAAUAGAAAUAAUGAAAACAUUCUAAACAUAAAAGAGGAAAUAGAAGAAUAUGAAAAACAUGAUAUAUUUUUUAAUAAGGAAAUAAAUAAAUUUAUUUGUUGCAUCCUAGAAGAGAAUAAAAGUAAUUUAUAUAAUAGUUGUAAAGAAGAAGUGGAAAAUGAAGAAACACCUCAUAUAAAAAACACGAAAGAGCCAAAAAAAAAAAUAAAUUUAAAUAACUAUGUAAUAGAUCAUAAUAUAUAUAUGGAAAAUGAAAAUAAGCCCUCAUUGAUUUCAAAAAAUAAUGAAACAGAAAAUCUCGAGUCUCCUGUUGUUAUUCCAUAUGAAUAUUUCAUAAAAGGAAAAAAAGAAGAAAUUCAUUUAUUAGAUGGAAAAUUAAAUGAAAAUUGUAAUGUUUUACACCCGAUUUUUUCUGAUUUAAAUAAAUUAAAAAAAAAAGAAAAUUGCAACGAAAUUAAAAUAUCGGAAUUACAUAUAAAUUUAAAAGUAGAAAAUAGGGAAAAUUUUAAAAAAUUUUAUGAAAAAAGUUAUGAAAAACCCUAUUUUGAAUUUUUAAGUAAUGAAGAAAGUAAUAAUUUAAAUUUGCGAAAAAAAAAAGAAAAUAACGAAAAUAUAUAUAAAUGUAAAAGAACAAUGAGAAAAUCUGCUAUUAUACAAAACUCUAAUCGAAAAAAGAGGGAGCAAAACAACAAUAAUACAUUAGAGAAGGAUUAUAAAAAAAAAAAUAUAAAUGAAACAUUAUGUAAAAAAAAUUCAAGUGACUCUGAUCUAAUUAUAGGUAAUUUUAUAAAAAAUGUUAGAAAUGAUAAAUUACUGUAUAGGCAUAAGAAUGAAGUAGAAGAAAAGUUCAAAGAAGAAAGAAAAAAUGAAAAUGAAAUUCUCUAUAUAAAUUCAUUAUACAAUAAUAAUUAUUCUGAACAGUCUAAUAUAAAAAAAAUUGAAAAUGAUAAAAUGGUUGAUGUGGAAAGUAAAAAAUAUAUUAGAAACUGUUACAAAUUAAAUAAAUUAUUGGAUUACAAAAAAAGUAUUAAAGAAGAUGAAACAAUCUUUAUAUUAUUAUAUAAAAUUAUAAAUGAAUUAAAAAUUCAUAAUAAUUACACAAAGAAUAAAAAAAUUGAAGAAAAAAAAAUUAUGUAUAUAUAUAAAGCACAAAACAUUAUAUACAAAUAUAAAAAAUUAUUUGAAAAUCAUAGUAAUAAUAUACAGAAAUUGCAUUAUUAUUUAAAAAAAAACGAAGUGAUCCUAUUGAAGGAUAUACUUGUUUAUAUUGUCGAGGUUAUGAAUAAAAUAAAACGUGAAUAUAAAGGAAUGGAAAAACAAAUUGAAAAACAAAUUCUCGAAUUAGAAGAAACUAUUUGUAAUAGAUCAACAUAA